AAAACGUGGAGUGUAGUUAUUUUAUUGCUGUUGUUUACUUUAAUACUGCUUGCACAUGGAUAUUACGAAUUUCAAUUCAAUGAAUGUAUGUUACACGCCAUUCUUUACAGUGUAGUGUAGUCUAUAGUCAGUUGUCUACUACCGCGCACUUGUGCACUUCAAGCACUGACUUGUGUUUCUGCAUCUGACCUGUUCGUGUUGCGAGAUUGAAUUGAGGGUGGCCACGAUGACGUCAAUUUCCCGCGACGUGAAUGCACCAUACCACGUGGGUCUCAGGUUCUUCUCGUGGGGUGAGGUAAACAACCGUCCUGAAAGCUUCUUCUAUAUUCCGCUUUCCAUCUUGUAUUUUGUCAUUCAUUUGCCUCUGAGACCCAAAGAGACGGGUUCAUUUCGUUUAGUGUUUUUCAUCAGAUCAUGCCCUACGACCCCGAUACUCCACCGGCGAAGAGAUUUAAGCCGGGGUCUCCUUUUUUCCGCCUUGACAAGAAGCCUGGAAUGCUGCUACCCAGAAAGGGAAAUGCAACUGUACCUUUAGACGUUCAGAGAAAACAUCUGCCAAUAUACCAGGCAAAAUCUCAGCUUAUUAACCAGUUGAGACAACUACAUAACGCUGUACUAAUAGGCGAGACAGGAUCUGGCAAGACCACUCAAAUUCCACAGUACCUUUACGAAGCUGGCAUAGGGCGACCGGGCAUCGUAGCCAUAACCCAGCCUCGUCGUGUCGCUGCUAUAUCCCUGGCAGGAAGAGUGGCAGAAGAAAAGAAAACACAACUUGGAAAGUUGGUUGGCUACACAGUGCGAUUCGAAGAUGUAACUUCCCCAGAAACCAAGCUGAAGUUUAUGACCGAUGGCAUGCUUCUCCGAGAAGCGAUUGGAGACCCCCUUCUUAUGCGGUACACUGUGGUGGUUCUGGAUGAAGCCCACGAGAGGACCGUUCACACUGACGUGCUUUUCGGCGUGGUGAAAAUUGCGCAGCAGAAGCGCCGUGAGCAGAACAAGCAACCUCUAAAAAUCAUAGUGAUGUCCGCCACAAUGGAUGUGGACCUUUUCUCCCAGUACUUCAAUAAGUCCCCUGUGCUGUACCUGGAGGGAAGGCAGCACCCUAUCCAAAUUUACUACACCAAGCAGCCCCAGUCAGACUACCUCCAGGCUGCCCUGGUCUCCAUAUUUCAGAUCCAUCAGGAGGCGCCUCCGUCCCAUGACAUCCUUGUGUUCAUGACGGGCCAAGAGGAGAUCGAGGCUCUGGCACGCACCUGCCGUGACAUUGCUAAACACCUUCCGGAGAGCUGUGGGCCCAUGCUGGUCAUCGCUCUGUAUGCCUCACUCCCUCCUGCCCAGCAACUCCGGGUCUUCCAGCCUGCCCCAAAGGGUUGCAGGAAAGUUAUCCUCUCAACUAACAUAUCUGAGACCUCCAUCACUAUAUCUGGGAUCAAGUUUGUCAUCGACACAGGAAUGGUGAAAGCAAAGCGGUACAAUCCAGACAGCGGUCUGGAGGUUCUUGCGGUACAGCGGGUGUCUAAGGCCCAGGCCUGGCAGAGGGCUGGCAGAGCAGGGCGAGAAGAAUCAGGCUCCUGCUACCGCCUCUACACUGAGGAGGAGUUUGACAAUCUAGCCAGCAUGACUGUGCCUGAGAUACAGAGAUGUAACCUUGCCAGUGUGAUGCUCCAGCUGCUGGCCUUGGGCAUUCCUGAUGUGCUGAAUUUUGAUUUUAUGUCUAAACCCUCCCCUGAGUCCAUGCGCAUGGCAGCUGAGCAGUUGGAAAUUCUUGGGGCUGUGGAGCGAAAGGAUGACAAGGUGACACUGACUCCACUGGGCAAGAAGAUGGCUAACUUUCCUUUGGAGCCCAGAUUCUCCAAGACCAUCCUCCUGUCCCCAGAGUUCUCCUGCACAGAGGAGGUUCUGACCAUCGUGUCCCUGCUCUCUGUGGACACGGUGCUCUACAACCCACCCGCACGCAGGGAGGACGUGCUCGCCGUGCGCAGGAAGUUCAUCACGAGCGAGGGCGACCACAUGACGCUGCUGAAUAUCUAUAGAGCUUUUAAGAAAGUUGGUGGAAAUAAGGAGUGGUGUCGGGAAAACUUUGUCAACGGCAGAAACAUGGGCCUUGUCGCUGAGGUCCGUGCCCAGCUACGGAACAUCUGCAUCAAGCUGGGGCUGAAGCUGGAGUCCUCUCUGAAUGACUUGGGGAAUGUCCGCCGGUGCCUGGCCCACGGGCUUUUCACGAACGCUGCCGAGCUCCAGCCGGACGGCAGCUACACGGCCCUGGACACCCACCAGCCUGUGAGCAUCCACCCCUCCUCCGUCCUCUUCCAGGGCAAGCCGGCAUACGUGGUGUUCAACGAGCUGCUGCACACCUCGCGCUGCUACAUGAGGGAUCUGUGCCUGGUCGAUGCAGAGUGGCUGCAGGAGGCAGCGCCGGAGUACUUUCGCCGCAAGCUCCGCGCCACAAAGAGCUAGUGCUUACCACAGGAGGGCGCCAUAACCACAAUUUCAGCUAACCUCAGAAAAACUUAGAGGAGAAGAGUGUACAUAGAAAGACUGACUCAACUAAGCAUGAUGCUAUGGUUUUCUUAUGGCUUUGCAAGUGUCUGAAAAAAUAAUAGAUUUCAAUAUUUUUCCCUUGAAAAAUGGCAUAAAACAAAUGUUAUAAAAAGUCAAACUUUCUGUUUUAAAUCGUAAUUUGCAGGGACAGGAACUUCUGAUAACCCUGGCACUGACGUUUACAUAUUCAGUACUUAAAAUGUUGUUUUAAUUUGGAUUCUUCAUCUUAUCGCCAUCAGAGAAACCCUAGUCCUUACUGGGAAACCCUCUCAGUUUUGGAACUUGUGGAACCAUCUUGAGUGCUCGUUACCUGUAUUUCAGUUUUCACUUGUGAAAAACCCUUUCCAACUCUCCUAAGAACCCUUUCUUCUCAUCAAAAGGUCCUGGAAUAGGUUUUAUUUUGACCACAGGGCCUUCCUGCCCGAGGAACUUUUAUUUUUAAGCGCACGUUGAAAGGGAGAUUCCAAUGUUGUAUUCUUUGGAAUGUUAGAUGUUUAGCAUCAUCUUAGUCAUCAAAUGCAUGUGACUGAGCACUAGAUACAACAACGGAAGGUGUUGAGUACCAUUACACAUAAUAACAGGACCUGUACAUAGAUGUGCUAUGCAUGUAAAAUAUAAAAAAAACAUGGCCACUCAGGUUUUUUGAUACAUUGGAUGGAAUGUAUCACAACUUCAAGUUUGAUCACAAAGCUUAGAAAUCGGAAUAGUUUUAGUUGUGCACCUGAGCAGUACAUUUUAGAACAGGUUUUUUUGUAUUUAUCUGGAUUGUCAUACUAGGAAGCAGCGCAGCAUUCUCUGUGUUCCCACUGGGUAAGUAUUUCACUGCUUAUACACAAUGGCAUAGGACAGGAUGGCAGAAUUUACUAGGACAUGAUCCUGUUAAAUGCAGAAAUUGUAUUUAAUGUUGUUUGUUCUCUCAAUGGACCAGGAAGGUUGUUUUAAACCCCAAGUCAAGAAAAUGAAUUAAUGUAUUGUAUACAAGGAAGGAACACUUCAUGCUCUCCAAGCUGCUAUGAUAUUUUGAGGAUUAGGACUUUACGCACUUUGUGGAAUUUUUUUCUAAGAGCAAGUGCAUGUUUGAAUUACUCACAAUGUUACCAUCAUUCUGAAUGCCCUGUUUAAAUUGAAAACAAUGUUUAUAAUUAAAACUUUGAUAAUGAUG